AUGCUUCCCAGUGCGAUUCCCUGCAUGAACUUCUUGCUGGACAGUGAAAACACUACUAGCGGAACGAACUGCCCUGCAACCACACGAUCAGAAGAGGUAGUCUCAAACGCGGUCGUUCGGCAGACUGAUUCUGGUACCCCGACUGCCAAACUCAAUAAACCAGAUCGCUCUAAUCGGCGAACAAAGACUCGCUCGAAGCAACUUGCCGUGAAGGAGCCGCCAUCAGAACCAGAACCACGAAACAAAUCACCACCCCCGGAGCCACACAUAUAUCCCCUGAGAUCUCGAAUACGACAGGAGAGUCUUCGGAAGCAGUGGCAGGCGGCGCAGACGGCACCAAGAACCUUUGACCGACUGCCCACAGAAAUCCUCCUACGCAUUGUUCAGUACCUCAGUGUGCAAGACCUUUUCCGUACCCAACGCGUCAACAAACGCCUGCGAGCAGUUAUCGACAAGUACCUCCUUCUGGUCAAACGUCUCAACUUCAGUAAUGGUCUCCCUUUUGCUUUUUUGCCGGAGAAGUUGGACGAUGCUGCCCUUAAGCGUAUUCUCUCCCGAACACCUGAAGUUACGCACAUUUUGGGCUUCUAUCCUCGGCGUUUCCAGGACUCAUUCCCCAUGGACACCAGACACACUGGACCUCGCUUCCCUACGGGUGAAGGUCUCUCCUACUCUGGCAUAAUCGAGGCUUUUCGGUCC